AUGCAGGAGACUAUUUUGUUUACCGUGGAUCGAGAUGAUUAUACGGUCCGAGCUGGGCUGCCACCACAUGAUCCUCGGGACAACUUCGCUGCAAGGGCAGCUGUUUUAGGGAAAUUAGAAUACAUCAGGAAAAUUGCUUUCAGUCCUAAAGGACAGCUGUAUGUUAUUCGAGAUGGAGACCUGUAUGUCGGACCUCUGCCUUCACCCAAACAUGAUGAUUGGUUCUCUGUUGCCAAAAGAGUGGGCAGAGGUGAUUGGGAUACCCUUAAGUUUUUUUUGUUCCAUCCUGAGGGGGAACUCUAUGCAGCCACCUAUGAAGGAAAGCUUUACAAGGGUCCAGCUCCAGACAACGAAUAUGUGCCCUGGCUUUAUGCAAAAGCUACCGAGAUAGGGGGCGCUGGCUGGGAUACAUUGGAUGCUCUUUUCUUUGAUUCAAAAGGCAUGUUGCAUGCAGUGACCUUGGAAGACAAGUUGGUGAAAAGAAGUCCACCAACCUCACUCUCUGAAUCAUGGCUUGAUUCAAGUGUAACAAUCGGCAAUCAACAAUGGGUUUCACGAACCCACUUUAUAUCCUUCGCCCCAGAUGGAAAACUAUGGUGUAUUGAAUAUGGUGAGGGUGACAUUUACUCUGGAGAUCCACCAGUUGCAGGAGAUGGCAAAUACGAAGCAAAGAAUCUAGGAAAGGGUUAUUCCCAAUAUGGAUUUGUCGCUUUCACAACAGAUAAAAUAAUCCAGCAGAUUGUGAGCUUCGAAUUUCUGCCUGAUUUGGGUCAAACUAUUUCAGAAACCCUUGAAGUGGUAAACGAUGAAAUAUACUACAACAAAAAGAGCACGGUUACAUUACACCACACCUUUUCAUUUGAGAAAACCCUUACGCAGUCAAGUGAAUUUACUCAUGAACAUGGAUUCAUGUGUGAAGUUGGUGUUGAAAUUACAUUUAACGGAGGCGUUCCAUUAGUUGCUGAACAAGGAGUAACGCUUUCUGUCAACACGAGUACAUCCCAUAACUGGAACUUCACCAAGGCCAAUGAGACCUCUGUUACCUUUUCUACAAGCAGUGAGGUGGAGAUCCCAGCUGGCAAAGCCAUCCGUAUGAUAGCGUCAGUCAAGAAAGCAGAAAUGGAAAUGCCGUAUCGUGCCCAUAUCCGCACUAUGUUCGGCUACGAGACAACCAUCGAGGGCAAAUGGAAAGGGCUUACCCAUUACAAUCUGAGAGUCGACCAAGAAGACAUAAAAUGA